AAAUAUAGUGUAUAGUCACGCAAUUCUUGCAUGCCGUGUGAUGAAGAUGGGCUCAGCUUCUCGAUUUCUUGUUGGUUUAGUUUUGGUGAUUUUGUUUGUGGAUUGUUUGGUUUGUGCAGAUGAUCAUGUUGUGGAUGAUGAGAAGAAGCUGUUGGGGAAGCCGUUUCUGAGGAAGCCGAAGCCGUUUCUGCGGAAGGGCUUCGGCUUCGGUGGAGGCGUAGGGCGCGGCCACAGGAAGGGGUUCAAGCGUAGAUUUGGCGGCGGUGGGAUUGGUGGUGGAGGAGGGUUUGGCGGCGGUGGGGGUUUGGGUGGAGGAGGUGGGCUUGGUGGUGGUGGGGGGUUGGGUGGGGGGAUAGGUAGUGGUGGUGGAGGGUUAGGGGGCGGUGGUGGAUUGGGGGGAGGUAGUGGCGGUGGUGGUGGUUUGGGAGGCGGAGGUGGGGGAGGAUUUGGUGGCGGAGGGGGUGGUGGAGGAGGGCUAGGAGGUGGGGGUGGUCUUGGGAAUGGUGGAGGGCUUGGAGGCGGCGGUGGAAGCGGCUUCGGAGGGGGUGGUGGGCUUGGAGGUGGGGGUGGUCUUGGUGGUGGUGGAGGUGGUGGCUUUGGUGGUGGUGGAGGUGGUGGUGGUGGCAAUUGAAUUGGUCUUUAACUCUUUGUUAUAUUUCAUAAUUUUCAUUUAUGUUGAAGUAGUUGGGAGUGUUGAAUAUUGGUAGGUAAUUGUGUUUGUGGUGUUUUUAUUUAUUUGUUGUAGUGAUUGGUGAUGGAAGUGUUUGUGUUUCCAUGAGAUAUGUGAUGUUUGUUUGUAAUAAAUUUAAUAUUUUCGUUGUA